ACGUGUGUGAAUGUUCGUCAAAUUGUUUCGAGAGUAUUAAAAGUUCUCUCAUUUCAUAUCGCAGGGACUUAUGGAGAAGAACCAGAACAAUUAGUAAAUGGAACGCCCACUAGCAUACAGCAGAAUCCGCAUUGUGUUUCUUUGCAACGUUAUGGCAGUCACAUGUGCGGUUGUUCUUUAAUCCAAUCGCAAUUUUGUGUGACUGCUGCUCAUUGCUUGACGUCUAUCGAUUCUUCGUGGUCCAUCCUUAGUGGCACGACCUAUCUUAAUUCGGGUGGACAACGUCAUCAAAUAGCAAGCGUAUAUAUCCAUCCUCAGUACGAUAGAUAUGCCCAGGGCAGAGCAUCAGGUUACGACAUCGGUCUGAUCAAGCUGGCUACACCCAUACAAUUCAACCAGAACCAACAGCCAAUUAAGCUUCCGACGAGAGACAUUUCUUCAAAUGAUGUCGUAUCGGUUGUAGCUUGGGGGGGUAUGGGAUACAGACAAGCUGUGCACAAUGAUUUGAGGAAAAUUGAGGCAAAAUGCAUGCUACCGUCAAUGUGUCAAAAUUAUCAUAGUACAACCGGACUGAAAAUUCACUCAAAAGAGUUUUGUACUCUCAUCAGCCAAGGAAUUGGAACGUGUAACGGCGACAGCGGUAGUGGUGUUGUUCGGAAAUCUGAUGGUGCGAUCGUCGGCUUAGUCUCUGGUGGACUGCCGUGUGCCCGUGGUUACCCAGAUGUGAAGACCAAUGUUUAUUCAUUCGUCCCCUGGAUCAAGAGCAUCGUACCUGGCAUUUGAUUCGA